AUGGAAGGAUUUUAUUGGGAAUACAUUAAAUUAUUUAAGAAAGCAAUCUUAAUAUUUAUUCUGACCAAUUUUGAAACUGAAAUUGCUUUGAAGGCUUCUCUAUUAGAAUUAUCUUUAUUAAUGUAUCAGAUUAGCAGAAUUUCAUUAAACAUUCAUUAAUCAAAAAUUAAUAAUUUAGAUUUAUAGAGUAGUUUAAUUUGCUCAAUAUAAAUUUAUAGCAUUAACUAAAUAAAUUUGUGA